AUUAUAAUCAAUUGCCCACCCACCAUGGCACGCCGUAACCUCUUCGGCUCUUAAUUGUUUGACUUUGCACAGCUUCCCAGGUCGGAAGCCCACAGAUAUUAAGCACAUCGAUCGUUGGAUUUCCCCGUCACUCUCUUCCUCGAGCUUCAGUCUAAAGCAAGGAUUGACAAAAGCAAAUGGGUGAUGAUAAGAAAGUCUUCAAUUUGUCUCAAGUCUCUGAACACAACACGCGCGAGGACUGUUGGCUUAUUAUCAAUGGCAAAGUGUAUGAUGUGACCAAAUUCUUGGAAGACCAUCCUGGUGGUGAUGAGGUUUUGCUGUCAGGAACGGGGAAGGAUGCAACUGAUGAUUUUGAGGACGUGGGUCAUAGUGAUAGUGCCAGAGAAAUGAUGGACCAGUUCUAUGUUGGAGAAAUUGAUAGCUCAACGAUCCCCAAGAAGAGCACAUACAAGGCUCCAAAGCAGCCUCACUACAAUCAGGACAAGACAUCUGAAUUCAUCGUCAAGCUCCUCCAGUUUCUUGUUCCCCUAGCAAUCUUGGGUUUGGCUGUUGGCAUCCGCUUUUACACCAAAUCAGCAUAAAAAAAGCUUUGGAUUGUGUUGACAAUUUGUACUUAGUUUGCCCUGCAAUUAAACAACGCCAAUUUGUCUUCUCUUUUUCAUGUUGUUGUUGCAACUUGGAUAGCAGUAAAUGGAACCUGUGCUUGUCCUCCCA